AUGGCGGCAGGUGCUGGGGUAACCAGCCAGAAUGGCGAAACAAGCACUGCCAAGGAGGCUACAAUUUUGACUCCGUCUAUCGCAGGUUCCGUCGCAGAACAAAGCGAAAGGCCUAUAAAUAGCACUUCGAACGGCGAAACCUCCGAUUCAUCAAAAAAUGAUGUAAAACAAGAGAAGAACAAGAAGGAUGAGCCCAAACAGGAUGAGUCUAAAGACAAGAAGAAUGAACCCGACUCCGCACAAAUAGAGAAGCCAACCGCGGCUCCAGAACCCACUACUGUUAACGUAUCAACAAGCAAAAAAGAGAAGCCAAAGCCAAAGCCCAUGCAGGCAUUUUCGCGAGUUAUCCCAAAAACCCGAGAAUGUUUCACUUGGGAUGAAUUCAAGAAUCACCGAACCGAAGAUCACAACUAUGCUAUCGAGACACUCGUGGCUGGCGAUUCGCUGAAAGCAGAAAUAGAGGAGUCGGCACUUCUCUAUGAAGGUCUUCAAGAUUUUCAGUAUAUGGGUGGUUGGGGAGGCGGUUUCCGGAGAGGCUUUGGCCGACGAAACCCUCAACACAAGACCGUCGUCGACGACGGAGACGAAGUCUGGCUUCAGCGAGUGCGAAUCAACUCAAGGGCUGUCAUGAUGUAUCUCGGACGCCAAAGUCCGGCAGGAAAGAAAUGGAAUGGGCGACCUCAUGUCUUCCGUCGACCUUUCCGUUACCUGAUACAUUUUCAUGAUAAAAUGAAAGAAGCGCUAGCUGAGCUAGAAGAAUCGGCAUCAAGUGCUGAUUCGAAGUCUGCUGGCUCGCAGCAAGCCCAAGAAUCAACUUCAGAUAAGGGCAAAGAAAGAUCAGACUCUGAUUCUCUCGGAAUAGAGUCCCUCUUCACCCAUGCUGAUACACUGGCUGAGAUGAAACUCUACAUAAAAUUUAUAGAUGAACAGGUGAUGCCAGAGUAUCAGCGCUUUCAAGACCAAGACAUAAACACUGCGCCUACAAAGAUUAGAUGGGACCUUCUAUGGUAUCUGUUUAAGCCUGGAGACCUAGUCUAUGUACCUAAUCUCAAUAGCGGUGUUCGUGCUCGAAUCCCCAUGGGCUGGGACAGCGUGCUUCAGAGUCUCCAAGCUGGGUUUGGAGAUGGUGGUGCAAUGGUCUCAGGGUCGUCGUCCACCCACAACACCAGAGGAUCUCAUACUGACCAGAUGAUAUGGAGGAUAUAUCGAGCACCUUUCAAGCAAACGGUUAUUGAUGGCUGCAACUGUGAAUCUUGCCUGAAAAUGGACUCAACUUGGUCAAUAUCGUGCUACCACAUAGACUACGACGGACAGAAUUAUUCAGCUGUUGGUAGGACUAUCGAGAUUCCCUCAUUCGAAGGAGAGCGCGAAAUCACACAGCUGCCCUGCUAUCCUAUGAGAUACGUCAAACAGCGAGAUGAGAUAAUGGAGAGAGGCCGACAAUUCGGAAGCAAGUUCAUCCAACACAUUGACCCUGACAAGAGAUACAGCUUCUACCGCGGCUGGACGCUCAUUAAAACGCCUCUAGGCCAAUCCAUCGAGGACAAAAAUGGAAGAGUCAUGACAAGCCCUGAGCAUAUCGAAAGUGAGAUUCUCGUCGACUUUGAGGAAGCCUAUAAUACAGAUCCUUCAUGGAAGCCCGACAUUUUGGCAGUCGACCCGCUGACUUACAGAGUUGUCAUAUCAGUUGACAAUGAGAGUCCGCUACAAGAGUGGCAUGAUGAAAAGCGCACCAACCUCAAGGAUGCAUGGGAAGACAAAUUGAUUACUGAGGACGGCGUUGAUAUACUCCAGAUGAAUGAUUUUAUCGAAACAGAUUUGCUUCUGAGGAAAAAGAAAGACAACGAAAACGAGACUGAGAUUGGAGAACUUGAAGGCGACAAUCUGGCACUUUUACCUAGAAGACUCUUUGCAUAUGCCCUUUGGGAGCGCAAAUUCGUCCAGGUUGACGUUCGAGACGUUUCGUUCCCCGAGCUCAAAGACAAGGACAGGGCCUUUGAUAGUCUCCAGAUUCCCGGCGAACACAAGACGCUUAUUCAAUCGCUAGUCUACUCUCAUUUCAAAAAGAGGGCCAACGAAGGCACUGUUGAGAUUGCAACCCAAGAUCUCAUUCGCGGGAAAGGCAAAGGGAUAGUAAUUUUGCUCUUUGGUGUGCCUGGCGUUGGUAAAACAGCCACUGCUGAGGCAGUUGCGCAGAAAUUUGAGAAGCCUCUGUUCCCCAUCACAUGUGGAGACUUGGGCUUCACGCCUGAGAGCGUGGAAAGAUCCUUGAGCGAGAUAUUUCGUCUGGCUCACCUGUGGGAUUGCGUUCUUCUUCUGGACGAAGCGGAUGUCUUUAUUACACAGAGAGAUAGGAAAGAUUUGGAAAGGAAUGCUUUAGUCUCUGUGUUCCUGCGAAUGCUCGAAUAUUACAACGGCAUUCUGUUCCUAACCACGAACCGGCCUGGCGUUCUUGACGAAGCAGUUAAAUCGCGUGUGCACUUGAACCUUCAUUACAACUUCCUCACCGAGGAGCAGGUGGUUGCAAUCUUCAAACUCAACAUCCAGCGACUGAGAGAAAUCGAAGACCAGGCCGCCAAGGCUCCCGGACAUAACAAGCUUUUCAUCGAUGAGGCCGAUAUCACUAGUUUUGCCAGCGACCACUGGAGAAAUCACACAGACGGUAUUGGAAGAUGGAACGGACGACAGAUACGCAAUGCUUUUUUGAUUGCAAGCUCACUUGCGCAUUACGAGGGAGACAUGGGUGAAAGACCAGAGGGGCUACAGAAACAACUCACAUCAAAGCACUUCAAGAAGGUAGAGGAAACUACUAGGAGGUAUGAUGAGUACCGCGUGGCAUGCCUUGGUGAUACAGAUAGCUAUCUCGCCCACGACCGGUAUGAGAGAGACGAUGACUGGAAUCCUCACGCCAGAGGAGCGCCUAAUGCCUAUAUGGCUGCUGUUCAGCCUCAAGGUCCUGGCUAUUUGCCCAGAACGGGGAGUUACCCGUGGCAGCGGCCCGUACAAGCACCUGUAAGCAUGAACCCGAACUCGGUGCAAAGACAAGGACCUGGAGGAUGGUCGAGUAAUGUAGAGCCACGCCCUCCUACCUCUGGAUAUCAACCGUCGAUGCAGCCGCCUCAUGGACACCCCCCGCAGCAACAAUUCUCACAGCAUUCAGGGCAUAUGCCGCUGAAAGGACCCGGUGGUUCAAACAGUCCCAACUACACUACUCAAGGGCCCUACCCUUCCCCUCCAGUAGGGCAUAAUGAGUCACAAGGUUAUGAUAUGGGAGGCAAUCCACAGAUGAAACCUAGGGGAGAGCCAAAAAUGAAUGAUGAAUGGCAUGGCGCUGGUCAGCAGCAGCAACAGUGGCAGCAGAAUCAGAAUGGGUUCAGUUCAUACUAA